AGUGGAAUGCAAGCUGUAGUUAAUCAAACAGAAGACCAGCUGAGAAGAAAAGUGAAAUAUUACUUAUUCAAGAUGAAAAGUCAGAGUCACCUGAAUGAUAUUAAUACAAUAAGUGACGAUAAAGGUCAGAGUCAAGGUCAUUUGAGGUCACUGCUGCAUCAUGAGGAGGUCAAGGCAAAUCACUCCUGUACAGAACAACAAUAUAGGACCUGCGAUUUUAAUCCAGAGGCCAGUAGCAGAGUGUGUGUUACUAGGCAACAUCAGAUGUGUGGUAAAAUGUCUAGUGAGUUAAAAAGAAAGAUUGAAAUUGAUAAAGAAAAUAUAUGUUAUUGGAAGAGGCAGAAAACAACAGGAAGGCAGAAAUUCAAGCGUGAUAGAGCAGCGAUGAAGGAAAUGACUAGAAAUAACCUCACUGAUAUGUACACCAGCAAUGUUUCACAAGAGUUAUUUUCCUUGCAAGAGGAUAUUGUGGAGAAGUUGCACAUACAAGAAAGACCAAGUCAGGCAAGAGCCAGAGAGGUGUUGACAGAUCUAGAAUCAAGAAGAAUUCUACAUGCCCUAAACAGAGAUCACAAACCACUUUUUGCGAUCAUCCCAGAUCUUCAAUUUGGUCCCAAAGCUCCAAAGUUAAAAUACUUCGUUCCGCCUUUGUCACAUAUGAAAAAUAAAGAGGCUGCUUCAGAUGAUACAAGGACAGAAUCAGCUGAUGUACUACCAUCUACUAGCUUAGAUGACACCAGUCAGUUCAAGCCAGUACUGCCCUGUCAAUCAAUGCAGUCAAGUACAGACAUGUCUACAGAAACUGGAAACAAAAAUAGUGCGCCUAUAGAAAUCCUGUUCCCAGCUCAAUCAUCGUUACCAUUGUCUACAGCAGCACAAAAUGUUAGAUCUGGAAAUUCUAGAAAUUCAACUCAACCGUCAAUUUCUUUGACAGCAACUGAAUCAGACACUAGUUUAGCAUCUGCCGAAUUACAUUGCCUAGCUAAUUCAUCUGAACAAUUUUCAACUUUUAAACCAGAGCUAGGAAUAGGUACAAACCUAACUGAACAAUCUAAACCAGAGUCAUUAUUUCAUCCAGAUCAAUUAACCAGUAGAUUGACAGGAGAUAAGUUAACAGCUGAAAAAUUUCUACCAAUGGAAACAGUUAAACAAGAAUCUGAUAUCAGCUGUUCAGGAAUUCAACAAAUUCAACCAAUGGCAACUGAUAAAUCAGAAUCUGGUACCAGCAGCUCUGGAUUCCAGUUCUCAGCCACGCUAAGUAAAUCAUUGUCAAUGCUGAAACAAGACCCAGGUACCAGUAGUUCAGGAUUCCAGUGCCCAGCUCAACCCUCUAAGCAAGUAUCAGCGUUUAAACCAGAUCUGGGUACCAGCAGAUGGACAGGAAUUCAAUCCCCAGCACAGCAGUCUCAACCCAGGCCAAUUGUUAAACCAGAACCUGGUACCAGCCCUUCUGGAUUCCAGUUACCAGCUCAACAAUAUCAAUCAUUGUCAACUGGUAAAGCAAAGCCUGAUACCAACAGCUCAGGAUUCCAAUCCACAACAAAACAAUCUCAGUCAUUGCCAAUAUUUAAACAAAAACCUAGUACCAGCCCUUCUGGAUUCCAGUUCCCUGAUCAGCCAUUGAUUUCAAUGACUUUAACUCAAGAAAACACUGGUACCAGCAGAUCAAACUGUGACAUAACUUCUUUUAAAUGUAUGUCAUCCAUACUGUCUGUUGGACAGAAUGAGACCUCAUUUUCAGUUAACUCUGAAUCAAAAGAAAGUAAUGGCUUGACAAGACAUGAUUCUGGUUUUAUUACGACAGCAUCAUCUGCUUCAAGUACCAACUCUGCUAUUGAUUCUAGUUUGACAUUAUCUACUGACAAAACUCCUACAACUGUAUUAAAUUUGAAGGAAGAACCUAAUCAAAGUGUUACUCAAUCUUCAAACAGUAUGCCUAACUUUCAGUUUGACCAUAAAUCAACUCCAGUGUCAGUAUCUGAACAAAAUUCUGGAUAUGGUUUUGACAAUAGAAAUGACAUAUCCAAGCAAAGUAUUCCAACUGGACAAAACUAUGGAGUAGGUGUUUCUGUUUUCAAUUCACAGGACAAAACUAGGUCAUUAGAUAGGUCAUUCAACCAUCCUGCAGAUAAUUUUAUGGCGCAAGAAAGAUUGGUAUCAUCCAUUGCCAUAGAGAGUUCUGAUAAACCAAAAGAUGGCUCUCUUAAUUCUAAACCUUCUAAUAAAGAUACAGUGUCAUCUGUGGACUCUAAGUCAGCUUCCACAAAUUCAGUAACCUGA